CCUCCUCCAAACAGCCCUGCCUCCCAGCGGACCCACAGUGCCCUGCGCAUCGCCCCGACAGUCAGUGCUGUGCAUGUGGGGCCCCUUAAAGAGAAGCGCCGAGCAGACGGCACAGACUUUCUCCGUGGAAGAGUCACCGAAAUGAGGAACAGCGCCAAGCCGGCACAAUGCGCUCCAGGCUCCCAGGGACCGCCUGCCUAUUGCGAACCAUUGGACUCUGCAUCCUUCUCUCGAACGCUGCAGCUUACUUUGGGCUGACAGGCCGAGAGCCGCUGGUGCUUUUACCGGGACCCUUUUCUAACGAAGCUCCAUCGGGGAAGGCCCACCUGAAGCAGUGCGAGCAGAUGAGUCUGACCAGGCGGCAGAAGAGGAUGUGUCGCAGGGAACCCGGUUUGGCCGAGACGCUCCGGGAGUCGGUGCGCCUCGGCCAGCUGGAGUGUCGCUACCAGUUCCGGAAUGAGCGCUGGAACUGCACGCUGGACGGCCGAGGGAGCCUCCUGAAAAGAGCUUUUAAGGAGACGGCCUUCCUGCUGGCGGUGUCCUCCGCUGCACUGACCCAUGCACUCGCCAAGGCUUGCAGCUCAGGCCGGAUGGAGAGGUGCACGUGCGACGACUCCCCCGGGAUCCAGCACAGAGAAGCGUGGCAGUGGGGGGUCUGCGGCGACAACCUGAAAUACAGCACCAAGUUCCUCAAGAAGUUCCUCGGCCAAAAGAGGGUCAGCAAAGACCUGAGGGCGCAGGUCGAUGCCCACAACAUCAACGUUGGCAUCCGGGCGGUGAAGAGCGGGCUGAAAACGACCUGCAAGUGCCACGGCGUCUCCGGCUCGUGCGCAGUACGGACUUGCUGGAAGCAGCUGUCGCCUUUCCACGACACCGGGCGGCUGCUGAAGUACAGAUACGACAACGGCGUGAGAGUGCUGAGCGUCACCAACGCCGCCACGGGAGAGACUGAGCUGGCGGGGCCCAGGCGCCACGGCCAGAGCCCCCGCAACACCGACCUGGUGUACCUGGAGGACUCCCCCAGCUUUUGCAGGCCCUCGCGUUACUCGCCGGGGACGGGGGGCCGGUCUUGCACCAAGGACACGAGCUGCCAGAGUCUGUGCUGCGGCCGCGGCUACAACACGGCCAUGCGGCUCACCAGCCUGUCCUGCCACUGCCAGGUCCGCUGGUGCUGCCACGUGGAGUGCCAGACGUGCGUGAGGGAGGAGGAGGUGUACACCUGCAAGAACGCAUGAACAGCGAGGAGAGGGGGAAAAACGAUCCAGACGAAAGCGGUGGACAACGCGGAAAGAGGCCGAACGCAGGCCCUUCGAGAUUAGUCCCCGCUGCAGAAUGUCGCAUCGACGCAUGCGUUCGCGAAUAUCAUUUAGGACUUGCAUGAUAAUUAUUUUGGGAGAAAACAAAAUGUACCACUAUGAUACUGUUGGAUCCUUGCUUAAACAUCAGGUUACUGUAGAUGAUGGUGUUCUGAAACUACUUCUCCUGAGCUGGAUGCACUGAAAUCCCCCUUUUCUGCUAAAGCGGGAAUCAAGCUCCUCGAAGCAGGGGAACCAGACUGGAUCUUGCCAGCAGUAUGAACUCUGAGCUCUCGCAGCGACUGUUGUAUAUGUGGUAUUCGUCCUCCCAUAGUUUGCUAUUUAUUGCGCCACUUUCUGUGCCUGGUGUACUGCUGCUUCGUGCAUUCAGUCUUGUAAUCAAAGGGUUGCCAAUAAGGCUGCAAAGGAGUUAAGAUGAAUCUACCUGCCUGUCUCUCUGACUGCUAUGGAGAACUUUUAAAGUUCUGUUCUGAGUGAAAGCACUUAAGUUGCUCUUGCUGCAUAUUAUAUAUAUAUAUAUAUAUAAAAAAAAAGGAGUUGUGAAUGCCGGGGUCUAAUAUGCUUAGAUAGAAUCACUGGAAGCUUUACAGGUGGCUAACAGCGCCGACAUUCCUUAUUCCGUGCAUCAACAGGGUUAUCGUGUAAAGAAAGAAGCUUGUUGUUUUCAGUUGCUCUUAUGGAAAUGUCUAUGGAAAUUUCUGCAUGUGCUAUGCAGGACAAAGGGAGAUUAGCGCACUGAUGGAAGCGCUGACCAUUCUCUUUGAAAUUCAGCUCAAUUUGGGAGCGUGCCAGUUCGGUUUUCCCUAAUUGUAGGUAUUUAUAGAAGUCUACUCCCCCCCCCCCCCCCCCAAUAUGUUCAAGUGUAAAAUGAACUCACCAGAAUAUUUGCUCUUUAAAGUCCAAAUUAGCCCCAUCUUUGUUCUGCGUGCCUUUGAAGUGAAUCAGUCACGCUCCCUAUUUUCCCUAAUUGCUAAUCAAAGAAAAUGACCACGUUUUUUUCUCCCCACUCGCAUCCAACUCUGCGUCCAUGUGUGCAGGUCGAAAGUGCACGCCGGACCCCAGAGUGUCUGUUUUUAUUGGGCCGUUUCAUGCUUCGUCGGGCUGCCUCUGAACUGCAGAUGAGCUAUGAAUAUAACUCACAUCGGGGCUCCAGGCGUCUGACAAUGUGGAAUCGUAAUUUUUCUACCUCACUUCAACUUUUUGGCAAAUAUCAGUAAGAUUUAUGAGCUAUGCAGAGUUUUUUUCUCCUCUGUAGAUACACGUCUUUCCCUCUGCAUUUGGUUGAAAUAUUAUAUUUUAGAUGUCUGUGCAGGUCUUUUGAACGUGGAAUUAUGCGUAAUCGUUUUUUUUUUGUUGUUGUUUGUUUUGAAACCUUGUGGCUUUACAGUUUUUAUUUAAAACAAACAAGAUAAAUAAAAAGACAAACAUUUGUAACACUUGUGCGUUCGUUGUGUCUUGCUGGGUUGCAGCAGGCGGCACACAAACACAGUAGCCGCGCAGAGGGAGAAGCGAGCAGAAUCCACCUGCCUGCAACUUGGUGCAUCUGUCGAGCAAAACCAUUCCCCGCUAAUGACCCCAUGCCCUCCUUUUCAUCUGAAAAUGCUGCGGUCUUUCUGCAUCGCCCUCCACCACAAAGUAAAAGGCAAAGGGGUUAGUGGGUGUGUGGGUGUAGGACAUGUAUACAGGUGUUCUGCCUCUGGCCAGCACACACCAACCACGAUGACAAUCUUAAUGACGACGAUGACAAGGAUUACGACUCAGAGGAUUGUUUGACCCCCAGAUCGCACACAACGGGCCGCCCCCGCCAACGCAACGCAAACAAUUUACGUCCUAUUAUAACUUUCCUCCCUUUUGCAUGAGUGCAUCUGCGCACAGAGGCCCAUUGUGUGAAGUAUUUAUAGCACGCCCUUGUGCUUUUUGAUGUCGCUCUCUAAUUAUGAUGAUUACGCACAUUAUUCUUUAUUAAAACAACGUGAGACUUGUUGCACAGCAGCGAAAUAUAACACAAUUUUAAAAAUGUAACUGUUUUAAAAAAACAUCAUUAUUGAUGUUCAGAAAGGAAUAACUGCAGCCAAUUAUCUCCUU